AUGAAGUUCUCUACCAUCACCGCAUUGGCCUCCCUUGCCGGCUUGACGCUGGCGGCUCCGAUUGAACAGAGGGAUCCCUCCCGGGGCAAUGGCUCUGGGAAGAGUAAAUUCUCCCAGAGUGACAUCACUAUUUUGCAAUUCGCCCUGACCCUUGAACAUCUCGAGAACACCUUUUACCAGGAAGCUUUCAACACUUUCAAACUGCAGGACUUUAUCAACGCGGGGUUCAGCGAGGAGUUCUUUGUCAAUCUGCAAUUCAUCGCCUUCGACGAAGCUACCCAUGUUCAGAUUCUGCAAGCUGCCAUUUCUUCUGCCGGCGUCAUUCCUGUCCUGCCCUGCUCGUACCACUUCCCAGUCACCGAUGUGGCGAGCUUCGUGACCCUCUCGGCAGUUCUCGAGAGUAUCGGCACCAGUGCCUACUUGGGAGCGGCCGGUUUUGUCGGAUCCAAGGAUAUCCUCACCAUAGCUGCCAGCAUCAUGGCCACUGAAGGCUUGCACACUGCCCUCCAGAGAAGCUCGCUUGGUGCCAUCGGUGCUCCUGAUCCAUUCUUCACUCCUCUCGACCCCAACUCUGUCUUCACGCUUGCGGCUCAAUUCAUUACCGCAUGUCCGCCAUCCAACCCACCGUUGCCAUUCACCGCAUUCCCAAGCCUCACGAUUGAUGCUCAACAAUGUUUCGACGAAGUAGGAAGCUUUGGUGCCUCCCAAGUCGAGGCUGCUGUGUCAGCAACCGAGACCACGACUGCCGAUUAUGCCACCAGGACCUGGGCGGACAGCACGGACACUACCGUCGCUGACAUUGCUGCCAUUUCCACCACUGAUACUGCCAGUGCCACCGAAACAGCUGCUGCCUCUUCCUCCAGCACCACCACCACCACCACAGAAUCUGCUGCAGCAGAAACAACAGCCCCACCUGCAAUGAAACUCCGUGUGCGCCAGGAAGAAGCCAACGCCUCUACCACUGAUUCUGCUGCUCUUUCUUCUACCACUACCACCAGCAGCGAUGGUGCAGUCGCCUCUGCCACCGAAGUCUCCGUCGCUAGUGUCAGCUCCGGUGCUAGCUGCUCAGUGAUUAGCUCAGGCUCGAUACUCAAGCUGUCACCUGAUUUCAAGUCCUCUCGUCAUGAUUUCAGCCGCGUCACGGAGAUCUUUGUCACUUUCGUUGAAGGUCUGAAUGUCAUUUCUGUCGCCGUUGGCAUCAACUCGGGCGUCAUUGGCGGCGGUGGAUUUGGCGUGCCCAUUCCCAGUGGCAUUGGCGGCCAAGUCUUCGUUUUCAUUACUGUCGUCGAUAUCUCCGGCCGGACUCUCAAGGACUCGGACGUCCUCUUCGGGCCUGGUAUCGUGGAAGGUCAGUUGCCAUCAUUCUUCGCCCGGUGA